AGCUAACAAAGGGAGAGUACUCUAGGUCUACCCUGACAGAAAAAAUAGAGUCCAUACUCCAUAGUCCUUAUCUGUUUGCUGAUUGACAAGUUUGAAUCAUGAAAAGCUUUCGUUUACUUCGUAAGUGCAAAUCUAUAACCAGCUGUAAACCACAUAAGAGCGCUAUAGGAGAUGACAGAGCCAUUGUCAAUGGAUUUAGAAGAUACAGCAGUGCCUCCCUUUCCGGUAAGCUACAAUGGAGCUAUGCACAGGGUCCCGGGGAAACCCCCCUCCUGGGGACCACCAUCGGUCAUCUUCUACAGCAACAAGCAGAAACUCAACCGGACAAAACUGCAGUAGUGUUCACAGCCUCAGGGGACCGCCUGUCCUUCUCAGAACUCCUGGAUAAGGCUGAUCAGUUGGCUGCCGGAUUAUUAUCACUGGGAGUAAAAAAAGGAGACAGAGUGGGAGUUUGGGGACCCAACACUAUAGAAUGGGUCAUCGCACAGUAUGCUACAGCCAGAGCUGGGAUCAUUCAGGUUAACAUUAAUCCACAGUACAGACCAGAAGAAGUGGAGUUCACACUGAAUAAAGUAGGCUGUAAGGUCUUAAUAGCAGCUGAAGAGUUCAAAGGUCAAAACUACUAUGAAAUGCUGUUCCACUUAGUGCCAGAAUUAGCUAACACCAAAUCAGCACACAUCCAAAGUCACCUCCUUCCUGAACUGAAACACAUAAUCAUGAUGGGAAAUAAAUCACAUAUGGGAACAAUAAAUUUUAAUGACAUCAUGAAGGCAGGAACUACAAAAGAUCGAACAGAAAUUCAAAAUCUUCAGAAUAGGCUUCAGUUUGAUGAACCAAUUAACAUCCAGUUCACAUCAGGAACAACAGGAAACCCUAAAGGAGUCACUCUCUCUCAUCACAACAUUGUCAACAACAGUUAUUUUGUAGCACAGCGUCUGAAUUACCAUACCAACGAGACCACUAUCUGUAUCCCUGUUCCCCUGUACCACUGUUUUGGGAUGGUAUUAGGCAGUCUUUGUACUGUGACAGCUGGCGCAACCUGUGUGUAUCCAUCUUCUACCUUUGAUGCCGGAAAAACCCUAAAAGCUGCAGCACAAGAAAGAUGUACCUCAAUGUAUGGAGUUCCCACGAUGUUUAUUGACAUGCUCAAUCACCAUGAUUUUGACUCCUUUGACCUUUCCUCUCUGUACACUGGGGUCAUGGCCGGGUCACCUUGUCCCAUCGAAACACUGAAGCAGGUCAUCAGUCGGAUGAACAUGGACCAAGUCACGGUAUGUUAUGGGUUGACAGAGACAAGUCCAGUUACACAUCAGAGCUUCCCAACAGAUCCUGCAGAAAAACGGGUUGCCACUGUUGGUAAACCUCACAGUCAUGUUGAGUGUAAAGUGAUAGCAGAGAAUGGGGAGAUCUGCCCUAUAGGUACUCCUGGUGAGCUGUGUACUCGGGGAUACAACACAAUGCUUUAUUACUGGGAUGAACCAACCAAAACAAAAGAAGCAAUCAGCUUAGAUAGAUGGUACCAUACAGGAGAUAUUGCACAGAUGGAUGAAGAUGGUUUCUGUAAAAUUGUUGGUAGGAUUAAAGAUAUGAUCAUCAGAGGUGGGGAAAAUGUUUAUCCAACUGAAAUAGAACAGCUGAUUUACAAGCAUCCAAAGGUCAAAGAUGUACAGGUGGUUGGGGUACCAGAUGAAAGACUCGGGGAAGAGAUAUGUGCCUGGAUACAAGUUAAGGAGAACCAGUCAAUUUCUGAAGAUGAAAUCAAGUCCUACUGUAAAGAAAAGCUAGCCAGAUAUAAGGUUCCCAAAUAUAUAUCUAUUGUGACAGAAUUUCCACUGACUGUGACAGGCAAGGUUCAGAAAUAUAAAAUCCAGGAGAUUGCUACAGAGGCUUUAGGACUUAAACAUGUCACUCCAAAGUAGACCAACAGAUAGCUAAUACACCCGACAAUCAGUGUUAACGGACGAUGUGAAGGAAUGCAUGGUUCAUUGUACUGAAUCUUUCCUAAUUCAGCUCACAACAAUCAUAUUAUCAGUCUUAUUUCUAUUGAAAACUAAAUAUUGAAAUAUUAUGACAAAAAAAUCUAGUGAUAUAUUGUAACAAUAUGUAUGAUUUUUAUGUCUUGUAUGCAAGUUGUUGUACAGUAAUCGUUAUAGUUAUAUUCAUUUUAAUUUUCUAUUUAUUGAUGAUUAAUUUUAUGUAUCUAUAAACGUCAUUUAAUUUCAUGUAUCUAUAAACGUCAUGAUUUUAUUAGUUGCAAUUUAUCGAGGAAGAAACAUGCGUCUUAGUGUUUUAAAUAUUAAUAUUCAUAUUAUGUAAUACACUGUAUAUAUUUCAAAAUACCAGUGUUUUAGGUGGUAUGAGACACCCUUGAAAUUGAUUUUAUGAAAUAUUUUCUCAAAUUCUCAAAAUAAUGGCUUAAUAUAAUGUAAAAGUAAAUUUCAAUCAAUUAUCUAUAUUAUCUUCAGAAAAAAAUUUAAAUCAUACCACUACCUAUCAAUUAAUUUGUCGUGGCAGAAAAACAUAGCUACGACAUAUUUUGAUGAUUUUAAAACCUACAUUUAAAUGGUGCUAUUUUACAUUUUGUGCAAUUUAGCCUUCUAACAUUUAAAACUUGUGCUCCUUGCAUAAUGGUGUAUUCUUCAUAUUUUGAUGAUUUUAAAACCUACAUUUAAAUGGUGCUAUUUUACAUUUUGUGCAAUUUAGCCUUCUAACAUUUAAAACUUGUGCUCCUUGCAUAAUGGUGUAUUCUUACUCAAAAUUAAUUAAAGCUGUAUAACAAAAUAUUAUAUUAUCACAUCCACUCAUUCAGUGCACGAGUGAACCACAGGCACCUGAUGUUGUUAGCUCACCUAAGCUGAAGGUUGAAGUGAGCUUUUCUAAUCAAACUGUUUUGAUUGUCUGUUGUCGUAAACUUUUCACAUUUUCAUCAUCUUCUCCAGAACUACAGGAGAUUAAAACCAAAUUGGCACUUGGUACCAAGGCAUCACACAUUGAAAAAAUUAUGCACUUUGAAUUUGGGACCAAUCAACCCACUUUGACAUUUUUUUCGAAGUAGGUAAAAUUUUGGGCCAAGUUAUUGCUCUUUGAAAUUAUUUUCAAAGUAUGUUAUGAGGGUACAUCAAGUACUCUUGUAAAAUAAAUCUUCAAGUCGACAAACAUUCUUUUAAGUCAUUGGUUUGUGAUUUAGCAAAAAAUCAAAGGCAAAAUAUCAAGUCUAUAUUGUUCCAAACAAAAAGUUUUCCUAAGAAAUCAUAUCAAAAUCACUUAAAAAAUCAUAUCAAACUCACAAAUUUAUGGUUUUGCUGUAUGAUUUAGACAUGAUCCAUUUAAUGAAUCAUACCCAAAUCAUAGGUGACAAAAUAAGGAAGUAUGAUCCUAUUGUGGUUUGUUUCUUGGUUUUGAAUCUGUUAUGAUUUUCUUGUGAUUCUGGUAUGUGCUAUUAUCUUAGAAGGCAACAGAGGAUGCGUUUGAAAUGAUUUGUUAACUGCCAGAUAAAAUGACCACUAAGAAUUAAGAUUUCUGCAUAACAGGAAGUUGAGUUGCAAAUUUUGAAUGUUCCAUCUUGGAGCCUAAUUGUGAUGUACUUGUCAGGAAAAUUUGUUAUUGUUGGGCAUCUAGCUCUAUCUUGGCAUAUUUAUAAAGGGAAUUUAUGGAAGUAUUUUGGGGGGAAUAUAUUCUUAUUCACUUGAGGUAAAUUAUAUUUUAUAAGGACUAAUUUACAAUACACUAUCAAGUGAUUUAUUAAUUGAAGCAAACAACUAAUGCAUGGAUGUAAAUGUAUCAUUAGUUCAGACCGGGAGCUACAGAUCUGCAGUUAGGUUUUGAAAUGCAUAUGUAAUAUUUUAAUUUGAACAAUUCAUGUAAUAAUUGCUAGAGGAGUUUGAAAUAACAGUAUAAUUAUCAUCUAAAUUAUGGAGGGCUUAGAUCCUGUGUUCCAAUUCAGAUUAUAUUGGUUUAACGAUACAGUUCAUGUGACUUGUAUGUAUACUAUUUUUCAUAUUUGGUAAUUGACAAUAUUAAAAGAAUAUAAUAAUCUGUUACAAAUUAUAAA